UUUUUCUUCCCUUGUUCACUAUAGGGCACUCAUAUUUCCUCUUCUCAUCCGACAAGGAAAACCAACACCAUUUUUCACUUUUGUGCUAGCGCUUCUGUUCUGUAUUUAUAAUGGAUACUUGCAAGGCCGAAGCUUAAGCAACUAUGCAGAAUUUCCUUCAGGCUGGUUAAAAGAUCCACGUUUCAUAACAGGUUUGAUAGGGUGGUUGAUCGGCAUGGCAAUCAAUAUUCAUUCUGAUCAUAUUCUCAGAAACCUGAGGAAACCUGGGGAAACUGGUUACAAGAUACCAAGAGGAGGAAUGUUUGAGUAUGUCAGUGGAGCCAACUUCUUUGGAGAGAUUCUGGAAUGGUUUGGGUUUGCCCUUGCCUGCUGGACCAUUGAAAGCCUUGCAUUUGCAUUGUGUACACUUUUCAUCUUGGGUUCAAGGGCAAAGCAACACCACCAAUGGUACCUUGAGAAAUUCGAAGACUACCCAAAAAAUAGAAAAAUUGUGAUCCCAUUUGUGUACUGA